AUGUUAAGAAUCAAACCUCUUUCAAGAUGUUUGGUCAGAGUUCCUCGUCUAACUUUUAGAUUAUACUCAGAUCAAAAGUAUAACAAAUAUAAGAACAUUGAAGAAUUCAAUAAUCUGAAAACUGAAUAUAAUUUCAAUAAAAAGUUUGACAAUUUGAAAACUCAAAAUAGUGAUGAUAUUCAUUCUAAAGUUUAUGAAGCUAUGGAACAAGAAGAACAAAUUAAUAUCAACGAAAUGAUAGAAAAAGAUCCUAGAUUGCAAGGAAUUGAACCUAAUUCUCCUGAAUACAAAGAACUUUUGGACGAAAUCAAUCAUGAAUAUAGAAGGGAAAGAGAACGUCAAAACAACUCUGAAGAAAGAAGAGAGAAAUUUAAGGCUAUUGGUGGAGGUUUAAGUGUAGCUGUAGGUUUGGUCAUGGUACAUCAGUUCAUGUUCAACUGGGAUUGGUACAAAGCUAGAGUAUUCAAAUCAUGGUACGAUAUCGAUGAAGAUAAAUUAAAAACCAAGAAGAAUUCCAAAGAUUUCUCCUUCUUGAAAUCAAAAUUACAAGAUAUCAUCAAGGGAGAUUUUAUCGCUAACUGUAAAGAUUCCGAAUCAUCUACUGGACUUUACCUUUUUGGUUCUCAAAAUAAUCAAAAAUUGCCAACAAGAAUACCAUUUUUUGAUGAUAUGACCAUCAAAGAUGUUGAAAUUGAUAAUGAUUUAUUAGUAGUUAUUGAUGAUUAUGGGAAAUUAUAUCAAACAACCGGUUCAAAGACACCAGAAUUAAUCAAAUUACCUUUUAAAGUUGAAAAAUGUCACAUAUCACCAGAAUAUCUUUAUUUAUUAACUUCCAAAGGUGAAUUAUCCAUAACUCCUAGAAUUGAUAAAUCUUUGGAUUUUGAAGGGUCUAGAAGUCGUAACUGGUUGGGUGUUUCCCAACAAUAUGAUAAUAAUUAUAUUUCAUUCUUUGAAGACAAAAUUAAUUUGUUAAAUAAAGGUGAAAAAAUCCAAGAUAUUGCUGGAGGUAUUAGCCAUUUAUUGAUGUUGACCAAUAAAGGAAGAGUCUUCACUAUGAAAACAAAUGAAGGUGAUAAUUUUGGACAAUUUGGAUUACCUCAAUAUUCACCCAUCAAUGAUCCAAAAAUACCUGUAAAUAAACCUUUUGAAUUGACCUUAUUGAAUAAUGAAAUUAAAGUCACAAGAUCAAACAAAUCCAUCCAACCAAGAUUUUUUACCAGCAUUGCUUCAGGAAAUCAUCACAACAUUGUUUCUGACUCCAAUGGUAAUGUCUGGACGUGGGGUAAAAAUUCUUAUGGCCAAUGUGGAAAAGAUGUUAGUUACAAAACAAGUGUUCAAUCAGUCCCAGAGAGAAUAUUAUCAUUGGAUGAUUUCACCUACAUUUGUAAAAAACAAUAUCCAAAAGUUAAAUCGGAAAACUUUUCUGUUGAGCAAGUUUAUGCCAAUGCUGAAACUUCUUUGAUCAAAUUGAAUUAUAGAGAUGGUAACAACAUUGACGAUUUAGUUUUAUCCAUGGGUAAUGGGGUCAAAGGUCAAUUGGGUAUCAAUAGAUUUUUACAUGUUAGCAAUACCCCCAAAAUCAUUAAAUCUAUCAUCAACAGUGAAUUCAAUGAGGAAAAGGAAGAACUUCAAAGAAUCUCAGUUGAUUCAAUUACCUGUGGUAAAAACCAUACUAUCAUGAAACUCAAUAAUGUUACUGAUCAAAAGGAUGUGGUAGUUUUCGGAGAUAAUGAAUUUGGUCAAUUAGGUAAUGGGAAACUCAUUAAAACUUCAAAACCUUCAUCAAUUCCAAAAUUAAUCGAACCUGAAGAUUUGGGAUCAAAAGAUAUCAGUAAUUUAACCAGAAAAAUCAAUGACCCUAAUAAUAGAUUACAAUUGAAAUCUUUGAAAAUCAAAAAAACUCAAGUCACACAAACAAUCAAAGCAUGUGGUGACAGUUCCGUUAUUUAUUAUAAACGUACUUAA